AUGCGGAGAUCCCCCGGCAUGGAGGACUUUGCCGCGGAAGAAGAGGAGCCCUGGUACGACCAGCAGGACCUAGAGCGGGACUUGCACCUGGCAGCAGAGCUGGGGAAGACGCUGCUGGAGAGGAACAAGGAGCUGGAGGAGUCUUUGCAGCAGAUGUACUCCACCAAUGAGGAGCAAGUGCAAGAGAUUGAGUACCUGACCAAGCAGCUGGACACACUGCGGCACGUGAAUGACCAGCACGCCAAGGUAUAUGAGCAGCUGGACCUGACUGCCCGUGACUUGGAGCUGACUAACCAGAAACUGGUGCUGGAGAGCAAGACUGCGCAGCAGAAGAUUCAUGGGCUGACGGAGACCAUUGAGCGCCUGCAGGCCCAAGUGGAGGAGCUCCAGGCACAGCUGGAACAGCUGCGGGGCCUGGAGCAGCUGAGAGUCCGCCGGGAGAAGCGGGAACGCAGGCGCACCAUCCACACCUUCCCCUGCCUCAAGGAGCUGUGCACCAGCCCCCGGUGCGAGGAUGCCUUCCGCCUACACAGUUCCUCCCUGGAGCUGGGCCCGAGGCCGCUGGAGCAGGAGAAUGAGCGGCUGCAGACCCUGGUGGGGGCACUACGUUCUCAAGUGAGCCAGGAGCGGCAGCGCAAGGAGCGCGCAGAGCGGGAGUACACAGCGGUACUGCAGGAAUACUCCGAGCUCGAGCUGCGCCUAGGUCAGCUGGAGGGCUGCCGCCUGCGUGUGCAGGAGCUGGAAGCUGAGCUCCUAGAGCUGCAGCAGAUGAAACAGGUGAAAACCUACCUGCUGGGCCGGGAGGACCACCUAGCCGAGGCCCUGCUUGAGCCGCUCACCCAUGCCCCCGAGGCGGAUGACCCUCAGCCGGGUAUCAGCAGCAACUUAGGUACCCAGGACGGCAUCUCCUCUCCGGCCACCUCCCCAGGCCAUGCGGUGCGCAAGAGUUGCAGUGACACGGCGCUCAACGUCAUCGUGGCCAAAGACCCAGCCAGCCGGCACGCGGGCAACCUGACGCUGCACGCUAAUAGCGUACGCAAGCGGGGUAUGUCCAUCCUGCGGGAGGUAGAUGAGCAGUACCACGCGCUGCUGGAGAAGUAUGAGGAAUUGCUGAACAAGUGCCGGCAGCAUGGGGCGGGCGUGCGGCACGCAGGCGUGCAGACCUCUAGGCCUAUCUCCCGGGACAGCUCUUGGAGGGACCUGCGAGGGGGCGAGGAGGGCCCGGGCGAGGUCAAGGCUGGAGACAAGAGCCUUAGCCAGCAUGUGGAGGCUGUGGACAAGCGGCUGGAGCAGAGCCAGCCCGAGUACAAGGCGCUCUUCAAAGAGAUCUUCUCCAGGAUCCAGAAGACCAAGGCCGACAUCAACGCCACCAAAGUCAAGACCCACAGCAGCAAGUGA